AUCGACCAGCAUGCCAUCAAAUAUCUUCUCGAUCAGUACUUUGGUGUGGCCGCUAAGGGUUUCAGUACGCACGCUCUCAUGGACCUGGCGCUUGUACAGCCUGAUAUAGGGACUACAAUCAAGACUGAUGGAGAGGAGAGCAGUCCAUAUGCAUUCUUGAGCGUGUUAAAUAUCAGUGUGCACAACAUGAGUUUCAUU